UGUAGAUUUAACUCUGAACGCAGCGAAAGUGUGCAGGCGAAGGGGCAGUUUGGGUUUUGACGAAUCUUUCGUUCCUGCGUCAGCAGCCGGGAUGUGCAUGCGCCCAGAAGACAGGGGAAUUCGGAAAUGGAAAAAGAGGCAGAUCUGUGUUCGUUUGCUUCAGUCGCCAAGACACAUUCUUCGCGUUUCACGAGUCACUUCUUCUGAGUGUUGUCAAGAUGCCGCUGCCGAGAAAUCUCUGACGAACGCUCUGCCGUCUGUCUGUCAGAUCGCCUGCACCCACCGUUCACACACUCUUCACUUUCCCUUGCUUUCGCUAAAUCCCGCUUUUUCUGUUCUUUCCUUCCUGUCCACACUUCUCUGUUGCUGGAUUGCCCUCCUGUCUGCCCCUCCGUUUUUGCCUUCCUGUGCGACGGCGGUGGCAUGGCGGGUCCACCCGCAGUCUCAGAGCAGCACCGAGCGCAUGCGCCGGGAGUGCGAGCGCCUGGCGAGGAUCCGGGUGUUGCUCUCGCUGGUCCUUCGUCUCUCUCUGCUUCUCGUCUCGCGUCUGUUUCUGGCCAGCCCAACAUGCAAGACAAGAGAGCUGCGAGUGCGUCCGGCGCAGAGGCAGGCGAGAGGAGACGCGACAUCCAGAGAGCCUUUGCUCUGUUCGACCGCGACGGCGACGGCCGCCUCGACAGGCGCGAGUUGAAGGCUGCAUGCAGAGCGCUCGGAUUAAAAGUAGACGACUUCAUGAUCGACAGUCUGCUUCGCGUAUCGGGUGGCUCCACGUCUCCGAUAGGAUCUUCUUCCUCCUCUUCUCCUUCUUCCUCUUCUUCUCUUUCCGUGGACUUCAAUGGUUUCCUCGAGCUCUGCGUCGGGACUUGGCCGCAACGCAGCUCGACGGAGGAACUCCGCGAGAUUUUUCGACUCUUUGACACCGACCAGAAAGGCUAUGUGACAGCUGCAGACGUCGCGCGCGCAGCGAAGGCCGUGGGAAGCUCUUUGAGUUCUGAGGACGUCGACUUGAUGGUCCGAGAAGCAGAUCGCACUGGAGACGGUCGGCUCUCUUUCGGCGACUUUGAGCGCGUUUUUCGUCGCAUGCGCGGAGUCCCCGGGCGGCCAGAGGGCGAGGCGCUUGAAGUCGUUGUCGACGAUGACGAUGAAGACGACUUGUGAUGUGGAGGGGAAGCGCGUCCGUUUUGCGCGAACCCCAUGAAAGAACACCCUUGAAUUUGAUGGAGAACAUGCACACAUUUUUCUCUACCCUCACUUUGCCAUGUGACCUAAAAGAAGCUGACUUCAGUCUGAAGAAACUACCGUUCUGCGUAAAUUGAUGAGUCAAGGAGGUGCAAACCGUCAAACGGUGCGGGAAAGCGCGUGCUUCGCGGUUUUAGGGUGGCGACAAGAACUUUGGAUUUCGUCGUAGCAGGUGCAGGACACCGUGAAGUCCAUGCUAUAUGCUUUUUAAAUGCUGAGAACUUCAGUCCCUUACUUUUGAAGCGUGAUCUCGACCUGUCAGGACUCCUCCAAGCACCAG